AUGACACAGAAGUCUCGAGUCUUGUUAGUCGGCUGUGGAGGAGUUGGCACCAUCGCUGCUGUGAAUCUUCAGCAUGGGAACAAGGCGGAUGUUUCCUGUGUCUUGAGAUCCAAUUUUGCGAUUGUGAACAAAGAGGGGUUCGCGAUUCGGUCGUUUCUGGAUAAUGUUCCUGACAUAUCAAAGUCAGACGACCCGCCAUUCGACUAUAUCGUGUGCUGCACCAAAAACACUCCAGACAUCAGUCCCAUCGGCCAAAUCAUUGCCCCUGCAGUCUCGGCUGGCCACACCGUCAUCGUUCUGAUACAAAAUGGGCUUAAUAUUGAAAAGCCCCUCAUGGCCCAGUUCCCACAAAACAUAAUUCUCUCGGGCGUUAGUCGCAUUGAUGCGCACGAGAUAAGCAAAGGUGUGAUUGAGCAGAAGCAACGGGAUCUGCUCUAUAUUGGACCUUUUCCAUCACAGCCCCAUGACGAUGAAUCCCUUCGCCGGUCUGCCCUGCAUUUCAUCGAUAUCUAUGGAGCUGCGGAGAAAACUACGUGUCUAUAUAAGCCUGACGUCGGGCAUGACCGCUGGGCCAAAUUGGUCUACAACGCGACGCUCAAUCCAGUUUCCGCUCUGGUCGACCUCAACACAGGGGAGCUUCAAAUGACUUCUGUCAUUGACUCUUUAGUUAUUCCAGCCAUGAAGGAAGUUAUGCAGGUUGCAGAAGCUGCGGGUCACAAGCUCUCGGAUGGAAUAAUCGAGGAAACGAUUCGAAGUAAUCCUAUUGAGAAGAUGAUUACACCUAGUAUGCAGGUGGAUACUCAAAUGGGAUCAUUUAUUGAGCAUGAAAACUUGCUGGGAGAGGUCUGCCGCGAGGCUCAGAGACUCGGCGUGAAUGUUCCGAUCAUCUCUACAUUAUAUUCUCUAUGUGUUGCAGUUCAGUGGCGGACUAAGAAGAGCAAAGGUCUUGUAAAUUUGAAACUCUCUUGA